UCCCCGCCCUCCCCGCCGGCAACGACCGAGAACCGGCAACUCUUCCUCCGCGGGGCCUGCGCCCUCUGGGCCCGGGGAAGGAACGGGGUCUUGAGGCGGCGAGGGUGGGUGAGGGUGGUCGGAGAGCUGCAAGGUCCUGAAGAAGGACCGAGGCUGAGAGGGUGCCAAGAUGCAGAUCAAAUUCCUCGGCUACCACCAGGGGGAGACAGAGGCCAGCCUAAGCGCCCCCGGUGAAGUGAGUCUGAGGCCAGCAGGUGAACAGUCAGAAGCUGGACGGUCCUGAAGAAGAUUUGUGAGGCUUGAACCGUCAUGGAUGGAGGAGGAGAAGGAAAAGGAUGAGUGGGAGGGCCAUGUGGAACUGGAGCCCAGGCGGCUGGCUGCUGGCAUCAUGCCUGGCCUGGCUGUGGACCUGCCUGGCCUUGGCUUCCUUACAGCCUCCAACUGCCACAGUCCUGGUAAAGCAGGGCACCUGUGAGGUGAUUGAUGCUCACCGCUGCUGCACCCGGAACCGCAUUGAGGAGCGCUCCCAGACUGUCAAGUGCCCCUGCUUUUCUGGCCAAGUGGCCGGCACUACGAGGGCAAAGCCUUCCUGUGUGGAUGCCUCCAUCGUCCUGCAGAGGUGGUGGUGUCACAUGGAGCCCUGCCUGCGGGGGGAGGAGUGCAAGGUGUUCCCAGACCUGUCAGGAUGGAGCUGUAGCAGUGGACACAAAGUCAAAACCACCAAGGUCACACGAUAGCUCUUGGACACGCAGAAGCUGCCAGAGGUUUCAUCCAGAACCACAAAAAUGAAUGCACACAUUGAGGUUAAAGGUGAAGGUGUGAUAAACAAUUAAAGUCUCCUGUUUGAACCCUU